UCUGUCUCCUUUCCUCCCUCCUCCCCUCUGCGGGCCCUGUGUGGGUCAGACAGGACCAACAUGGCGGCGGGAGGAGCGUUAGCCUCCGUACCGGCGGCAGUGUGAGGCUCGGUUUGUCCGGUAGGAUGAACGUGUGCGCUCAGUAUCUCCGACAGGCAGAGGCCCUGAAGGCUGACAUGACAGAUUCAAAGCUGGGGGCGGCGGAGGUGUGGACGUCCCGACAGGCCCUGCAGGAUCUGUAUCAGAAGAUGCUGGUGACGGACCUUGAGUACGCUCUGGACAAGAAGGUGGAGCAAGACCUGUGGAAUCACGCCUUUAAGAACCAGAUCACCACGCUGCAGAGCCAGGCCAAGAACCGAGCCAACCCCAACCGCAGCGAGGUACAGGCCAACCUGUCGCUGUUCCUGGAGGCAGCGAGUGGCUUCUACACACAGCUGCUACAGGAGCUGUGCACCGUCUUCAACGUGGACCUUCCGUGCCGCGUCAAGUCGUCUCAGCUCGGCAUCAUCAGCAAUAAACAGGGCGGCGGCGCCAUCGUCACGCCGCAACCCAGCUCCUGCUCCUACAUCUGCCAGCACUGCCUUGUCCACCUGGGAGACAUCGCUCGUUACCGUAACCAGACCAGCCAGGCGGAGUCGUACUACCGACACGCCGCUCAGCUGGUGCCGUCCAACGGUCAGCCCUACAACCAGCUGGCCAUCCUGGCCUCCUCCAAAGGAGACCACCUCACCACCAUCUUCUACUACUGCCGCAGCAUCGCGGUCAAGUUCCCCUUCCCGGCCGCCUCCACCAACCUGCAGAAGGCUCUGUCCAAGGCUCUGGAGAGCCGUGACGAGGUGAAGACCAAGUGGAGCGUGUCUGACUUCGUUCGGGCCUUCAUCAAGUUCCACGGCCACGUUUACCUGAGCAAGAGUCUGGAGAAGCUGGACCUCCUGAGGGAGAAGCUGGAGGAGCAGUUUCAGAGGCUGACCCUGCAGAAGGCCUUCAGCUCCCAGCAGCUGGUCCACAUCACCGUCAUCAACCUGUUCGAGCUCCACCACCUCAGGGACCUGACGGCUGAAGGCGAGGAGCAGAUCUUCAGCGGCGAGCAGCAGGUCGGCUGGUUCCAGCUGCUGGGCCUCUUCAUGUCCUUCCUGGGAGUCAUGUGCAGUCGCGUCAUACUCAACAACAGCCGCGGGGAGGAGAUCCUGGGCGAGUGCCCUCUGCCGGCCAUCAAGGUUUCUCUGGACUGGCUGAAGCUGAGACCCAGCAUCUUCCCCGAGGCCGCCGUGGACCAGAGGCAGCAUGUUUGGCCCUGGCUGGUCUCCAUCCUCAACAGUUUCCAGCCCAGAGAGGACAACGUGUCCUGCUCCUUGGUGACGCCGCUUCCAGAGGAGUUUGAGUUGCAGGGUUUCCUGGCUCUACGGCCCGCUCUGAGGUCCUUGGACUUCACCAAAGGGCAUCAGGGCGUCCUGGUGGACAGGGAUGGUCUGCCGGUCCACACCCGACAUCAGAGACUCAUCAGUUUGGGCAGAUGGGUCGCUGAUAACCAGCCGGGCCUGAUCCAGUGCAAGGUGAGCGAAGACGGCCUCCUCGUCUUCAUCACCGACAUUCCGGAGCAGGCCGUCGAGGAGCCCCUGGAGAAGGAGGCGCCGGUGCUGCAGGAGUCGUCCAACGCCGAGCAGACGGCCAACGACGGCGGCAACUGCGGCCUGAAGUCGGUGCUGUCGGCGGGGAAGACGCAGAGCUCGUGGCCCGACGGCAGCGAGCGACCCGUCGUCACCUUCAAGGAGAACAUCAAGCCCAGGGAGCAGAGCCGAGAGCCCACGCGCAGCCAUCCCCUGAAGGACAGCGGCAAGGAGCGCCGGGACUUCGCCAAGGGCAACGGCGCCGCCGGAAAAGGGGAGCUGAAGAGGGACGGGAAGAGGAAGAGCGAGCUGAAAAAGGCCGGACACGAGAAAGCCGCCGACGCCGUAAAACAGGUGAAGGCACAGACGGAGAUGAGGAAGACUCCGGUCUCUGAGGCCAAGAAGACACCCGUCACUCAAACGCAGACCACCUGCUCCUCCCAGUUCAUCCCCACCCUCCAUCACCCAGGAGCCUUCCCCCCUCUGCCCAGCCGACCAGGUUUCCCACCCUCGGCGUAUGUGAUCCCCCCCCCGGUGGCCUUUCCAGGCCUCCAGGUGAACCCGGGCUUCACCUUCCCUGCUGGCGUGAGCGUCCCCGGCGCCUUCCUCCAGCCGGGCGUCCACGCGCAGAGCGCCGGGCAGGCCGGGAAGCCGUCCCACAUUCCCUACAGUCAGCAGAGGCCCUCUGGCCCCGGUCCGGCUCAGGGCCCGGGGUCCUCGGGCCCCCCCCAAGGUCAGCAGCCCCAGAACCAGGCCAUGCAGUCAGUCCAGCUGCAGGCGAUGAGCCAGCAGUCUCCCACCAAACCGGUCCAGCAGGUCGGGAUGGGCAAGAGUCCACCUCACCACCCGGGUCUGCAGCAGUUCAUGCAGGUCCAGGAUCAGCCGGCUCAGAUGUGGAACCAGGCUCAGGCCGCUCUGCAGAAGAUCCCCCCCAUGCCCAUGUCCAUGAAGCAGCCUCAGCAGCAGGCGGCCUUCUACAUGGCAGCUCAGGAUCCUCUCAAACUCUACGAGCACCAGAUGGACAAGAAGAUGAAGUUCCCCAACGUGAAGAUGCAGGACUUCUACUGGGAGCCCACCUACAGGAUGGGGGAGGGUUUGGCUGUCAUGGCCGACAGGAUGAAGAGGCCUCCCCCUGGGGGGAUCUGCCCCGAGCAGGACGGCUCCACUGGGCCCCGGGGCCCUCAGUUUGAGGACAACAAGCCUCUUCUACCUCCUGACCUGUUAAAAACUCUAGCAGAUCUUGAGGAGGAGGAGGAGCUGGUCUUUUCUAAGCCUCCUGAUUUCUUCCAGGCCUUGGCCGGCCCUCUUAGCUCUGCUCCUGGACCAAACAUAUUUCUGCCAAACCAGAGCCGGAUGGAGAGCGUCCCCGAGAGCGGCUCCUCGUCUCUGCUGCCCAUGUCCGGCUUCCCCAUGCAGGUCCGACCCGUCGACCCACACGCGCAGGAGUACAACCAGAACAGCAUCUUCAGCCAGGCCUACGGCAAGAACCUGCCUCCCAGCUCCAAGCCCGACGCUCCCAUGAUGCACCAGGAGCCGUCCCUGUACUCUCUGUUCGAGGGGACCCCCUGGUCCCCCUCCCUGCCCGCCAGCUCCGAUCACUCUACCCCAGCCAGCCAAUCCCCUCACUCCUCCAACCCCAGCAGCCUGCCGUCUUCCCCCCCCACACACAAUCACGGCGCCGUGCCCUUCUCCAACUUUGGCCCCAUCGGCACUCCAGACAGCCGGGACCGCAGGAUGCUGGACCGCUGGAAGGCCGACAAGACCGGGGCAGUCAGCGGGUUCGGACUGGACUACCUGCCGGCCGCGGCCUCCUCUGCAGCUUCAGACACCAGCUGGCACCAGGCCGGUCCCACCGGCAACUCCUGGACCAAUCAGGAGUCUCCGAUGGAGGAGUCGUCCUCCACCGUGCUGCUCGACAGCCUGAAGUCCAUCUGGUCGAGCUCCAUGAUGCAGCCGGGCCCGUCGGCGCUGGAGCAGCUCCUCCUGCAGCAGAAGCAGAAGCAGCAGCGAGGUCACGGCGCCAUGAACCCGCCUCACUGAACGGCCGCCCCCCAGCGGCGCUUUUUAGUGUCCGGACGUCAGCGAAAACCCAAAACCACAACGCGAGGGGGACAAAGGAAAAGUUUGAAGAAGACGAGCUCCGAUGAAAAAUGGAAAAUUAAACCUGCGAUAAAAGGUGGAGGCGACGACGACCCCACCCGCUGAGAGCACCCCCCCCCCACCAGCCCCCCCUCGUCUGUCAGGGGAGUGGUGACGCCCCUCCUGGAGCGGAGGGCCCGGGAUCUCUUCAACCGGGGCGGUUCCUUGUGAACAUUCACGAUCCUUUAGCACACCCCCCCCCCCCCCCCCCUCCUCCACCACCACCACCACCACCACUCACAAAUGAAACCCCACCCCCUUGGUGUCUGCCCGGUUUGCUGGAGCGCCCGUUUUUAGCGUCUCCGCUGUUGCCGCAGACUUGGGGGGGGGGGAGGAGAGAGAGAGAGACGGCGGGGUGGUCCGGUGGAGCAGACUGGACCUUCUGACCUGGUGGAGCAGGUGGAUCCCUGUUGAUUGGCUGCUGGGAGGAACGGGGGCGGGACGCUGCUCCUUCAGCGACUGCAGCGCUUUUUUCGUCCUUUCCUUUGGUUUUUUUGGAGGACGAAGUCCAGCGGGACGAGACGUGGAGGGACGUCUGGCAGAAAGGACAGAAGAAGAAGAAGAAGAAGAAGGAAAAGAACAUGAACUCGAGGACCGCGAGUCGAGAGAAAAAAAAACAAGUGUAUUUAGUGAUUUGUUCGUAGCAGGAACGUCUUUGAGCUUCCUGCUGGAAUCCCCUCGGGUUUCUACUUCCUGUCGUAAAGAAGAUCAAUCUGCUUCUGCUGUUUCUUUAUGAGCCGGAACUCUUCACCUGGACAGACAGACACCUGGACAGACAGACACCUGGACAGACAGACACCUGGACAGACACAGACGGACACUUGGACAGACACCUGGACAGACACAGACGGACACUUGGACAGACACCUGGACAGACAGACACCUGGACAGACAGACACCUGGACAGACAGACACCUGGACAGACAGACACAUGGACAGACAGAGGGACAGACGGACAGACAGACACCUGGACGGACAGACAGACCGACAGACAGACACCUGGACAGACAGACGGACAGACAGACGGACACCUGGACAGACAGGCACAUGGACGGACACACAAACAGACGGACAGGUGGACAGACAGGUGGACAGACAGGUGGACAGGUGUAUACAGGUAGCUGGCUGAACGUCCUCACUGUGUCUCACUGUCUUCUUUAACCACUACAACAGCUCCACCUGGACAGGAGAUGGUUUCAGAUUUUUGGAUGGAGCCCCUGGAACUCUGGAGAACCUCGAGAACCUGAACGCUGGCGUGUUUAAUUUCUUCAGAAUGCAUCAGACCUUCAUUAGAAGAGAAAAGAACCCGGAGAAGCUUUUGCUUCUAGAAGUAUUUCAAGCGAUUAAUCUGUUUUUUUUUGUUUUUUUAUU